GUGGACGGAGUGAAAUGCAAGGAUUGGGUUGGGAUUUUCAAAACAUGACCAUGGAGGACACCAACUCAAAUACGGGUGAUGACCUCGACAAUCAAAUGCCAAGAGAGGAAGUGUUACCUCUAAUUAUAAGCCAGCUCCAACAUUAUGGCUUGAAUUCCAUUGCACAAGUUGUCGCUGAAGCCAGCGAAACGCCUUUAUCCUUUGACCCAUCCCCCCGACUCGCAGAACUUUGUUAUCACGGUCGAAUAGCUCGUGAAAAUGAUGAUAGCGAGGAUAUUAUACCGGCAGAUAUUACCGAGGAUAUAUCUGAAGACGAGGAAGAUGAGGAACCACUUGCAGAUUUGGAUGGCGGGGUGCGAUUUGCUCCUAAACCCGUUCCAAACCUAACUCCCUGGUUCAGUACCCAACAUCGCGAAUCAUGUCGAGCGGCAGCAUUUAGCGCGGACGGCAAGUACGUUGCAACGGGAUCAGAAGAUUCCUCACUAAAAGUCCUCGACGUGAGCCGCAUCAAAGCAGCCUAUCGGGACGGUGCACCAGAAAAACCAGUCAUACGCACACUAUAUGACCACGUAGCUCCUGUGAAUGAUGUGCAUUUUCAUCCGAAUGGAACGGUGGUGGCUUCCUGUUCACAUGAUCAGAGUAUCAAAUUGUUUGAUAUACAGAAACCGAAUGUUAAGCGGAGUUUUCGAUAUUUGCAGGAUGCGAGCAUUGUUCGAUCGAUUCAUUUUCAUCCAUCUGGAGAUUACCUUGCAGCAGGAACCGACCAUGAAGCUGUCCGAAUUUUUGAUGUUCACACAUUAAAGUGCUUUACAUCUCCCAAUCCAAAUGAUAAACACAGUGGGCCCAUCAAUAAGGUGCGAUAUGCCCCAUCUGGCAAAGUAUUUGCCACCGCGGGGGAAGACGGUACCAUUAAAAUCUGGGACACAAUCAGCGGAGACUGCAUCAAAACCAUGACAACAGCCCAUUCCGGCAAACCAGUGACAAGUGUCCGAUUCUCAAAAAGUGGGCGAUACAUUUUAUCUUGUGGAUUAGAUUCUGUUGGAAGGUUAUGGGAUAUGCAUACUGGGAAUGUUGUGCAAGAGUUUGCGGGGGCUGUACAAAAGGACGUUUAUACUACGAAUACGUUUAAUUAUAAUGAGGAUUUUGUGUUGGGUACGGAUGAGAAUGAUUGGGCUAUUGUUAUAUGGGAUUCAAGAACUGGCGCAUUGCUUAAAAGAAUACCCGCUCAUAUGGCGCCUAUCCGAUGUAUUGUGGCGAGUCCAAAUGAGAAUGGAUUUGUUAGUUGCAGUGAUGAUUAUCGAGCAAAGUACUGGGGUGAGGAUACGGUGGCUAGAUAAAAACCUGGUAGUCUUUUUUUUUUUAAAAGUUCAAAGGUGUAAAUUGGACUCAUGGGGCACAUGGCAUCAGACAUUUUAGCACGUUUUCAAAUGCAAAUGUGUACGGGAUGGAUGUAGCCUCUUUUUUGUAACUGAAUGACCAUGUCCUAAACGACAAAAAAACAAAAAAAAAAAACCAAUUCAAUACCCCC